AUGGUAGUACAACAUCUUGCACAAAAUCCUAAUAUUAUCUCGAAAACAACUCAUCAACAUACACGUCAACAACAUUCAUUAUCGAUCGAACUGAAAGAAUUAGUCAUUCAAUUUUAUCAACGAGAUGAUAUUACCUAUCAAUUACCUGGUAAACGUGAUUAUGUCACAGUCACAGAUGAUAAUGGUGAAUCAAUGACAUUACAAAAACGAAUUUUAUUAUAUAACAUACGUGAAACAUAUCAAUUAUUUGUUAAUGAAUAUUCGAAUAAAAAUGUCGACUUGUCAUUAACUUCAUUUAAUGAAUUACGUCCAGUGAAUAAAAAUGUCGACUUGUUCCCUAGACUGAAAGGCCAGGGUCUAGAAACCUAA